AUGAUGAUCUGCUUGACACAUCCUGACUGUGCGGAUGCCGGAUGGGCGAGAGCCGGACAGUCUGCUCGGCUCAGCGGCACCAGCAGCCGUCGUUGUCAUGGCGAGACGAGUGAAUUCGGACAGAGUCGUGCGGCGCUGUCGGGAGCCCGGAGGUGCAUUUGGGCCCAAUGGACGACAGGAAAACUAGCUCUCCCGUGCAAUGUUGUGUUGAGUGAGGGAGAGGCUGGAAGAUGCAGCAAUGCACCAAGUCGACCGACCGAUACAACAAAUUGUCAUGGCUACACGAGCAGAGGAUGGAGGAGAAAAGAAGUUGCGUAA